AUGACAAGAACGAAAGUCGCUAUCCAAAAAACAAAUGCUUCCCGCUUUUCGAAUAAAGCUGUUUCAAGCAGUAUUACUACAACUUCUAAAUCAAAUGGACAUAAGUCCAAUGUCACAGCAAAUAGAAAUAUUAUCUCUUCUACCGGUUCUAAAUCAAAGAAUGUGAAACGCAAAAAACAGGAUAAGUUAGAUGAGGAUGAAUAUGUUCCUAGUGAUGAUGAUUUCGGAUCAGAUUAUGGUGAUUAUGUCGAUAAUAAUGAUAACAUUAUAAAAAGCGCUGCCACAAGUCAAGAUGUAACAGAUUUAAUUGGCCUUCUUCAAAGUAAAACAAAGAAAAAUUCGACUUCAUAUUUUAAAAAGUUUGAGCAAAAACAAGAAACUAAAUUACAAGAGGCAAGAGAUUUGAUUGAGGCAAAGAUGAGAGAGAAUAUUGAACGUAAAGAUGAAUUCAUUAAAAAGUCGAAACUCGGGUUUGAAAAAUACAAAACAAUCACAACCGAAUCUUUAGAUCAACUCACGAAGCUUCAUACUCAAUCACAAAGAAUUCACCGAGAAUUUAAUAAUGGAUUAAAACAACUUUAUGCCACUGACGUAACAGAAUUAAAUGAGUCACUAGAAAUAUUUAUGAAUGAUCAAGAUUAUGCGUGCACAUCUUUAAUGAAAGCUAAUAAGGAAAUUCACGAUUUAGUGACUCUCAAAAAUGAUUUUAAAUUUGGAAAACAAAUCCUUAAUCAACAAACAACAGAAUGGGCCGCUCAUUAUGUUAAUUACAAGGCAUUGAAAAAAAUAAUCAAUAGCCUGCAGAGUGCCUACCAAAAUAAUGAACGAUCUUUACCUCCUACUCCUGUUACUAUCGGACCUUCUCUCAAUGCCGACUCUUUACAAAUUGAUGAUUAUCCAAAAUUUAUACAACAACAGAAAGCUGCCUUCUUUUUUAAGUUGGAACGCGAGUUGGAAAAAGUGAAUACUUUUUACCUCCAAAAGGAAAAAGAAUUUAAAGUUAGACUACGUACCUUAAUUGAUAAAAAAAGAAUUUUGUUAGGUCGUGGAAGAAAACUUUCUACUAAUUCUGCUUCCUUGGUCACUUUAACAGAGGCUUUUCAAAAAUUCCAACAAGAUUUAAACAAAUUGCAGCAAUUUAUAGAAAUUAAUGCAACAGGUUUUCGAAAAAUUUUAAAAAAAUGGGAUAAACGAUCUAAAUCAAGUACAAAAGAGCUUUACCUCGCUCGUCAAGUAGAAAUUCAACCUUGUUUUAACCCUGAUAUUAUCGCUGAUUUAGCAGACAAUGUUGAUAUUAAUUUAAAAGAACUUCAAAGUCUUAUGAAUGGGUUACAUUCUACUCCAUUAUCAUCGCCUACUUCUCCUGAAAGAAGACUUUCAAUUGGUGAACCCGAGGAACCUGAUGUAAUGGUUGAUAUUGAAACUGAACUUUUCAAUUCUAUCAUAAAAGGUGUUAAAUCAAAUGUCCAAGAAAUGUUAAAUUGGAUUCAGCAACACCCAAUCGAUGAAGAUAAAGAUCUCUUAUCUCGUGUAUUCUGGCGCGCAUGUUCCGAGGAGAGGUCUUCUAUCGAAUCUAUACAAUGUUUAGUUUACACCAAUAUGAUAAACUUCAAAUAUAUUGACGAUAUUAGUGACCGAACAUGUUUGCACGAAGCUGCUAUCGUUGGACGUCUACAACUUAUGAAAUUGUGUGUUGAAAAUAAUGUUAAGGUGGAUUGUUCUGAUGUAUACGGCCGAAAACCGUUACAUUAUGUUUGCAUGUAUGGUCACAGUGAUGCGGCCACAUAUCUAUUAUCUCAAGGUGCAGAUUGUGAAAGUUGUGAUCAUGAUGGUUUUAGUUCUCUUAUUUAUGCCGUUACAAAUGGUCAUACUAAAUGUGUAGAGAUUUUGCUCGAAAAAGGCGCCCACACGAAACCAGUGAAAAAAGGUGAUCAUAAUCAUAUACCUUUAUCAUUGGCAUGUCAAUAUGGUCACAAAGAUAUAGCCUUGUUAUUACUUGCAAAGGGAGCACAGAUUAUACCUGAUGCGGAAGGUCUUUCAUCUUUACAUUUAACCGCUCGUGAAGGUCAUCAUGAAAUAUUAAAAAUCCUAACAGAACAUGGUGCUCAUUUAGAUACGCUUGACAAGUAUAAAGGAUGGUCUCCCCUCUUUUAUGCUGCAAGUGAAGGCCACAUUGAAUGUGUCAAUGCUUUAAUCCAAGCUAAUUGUCAAGUUAAUAUAACUGAUGAAUCAGGUCAUUCCCCAAUCUAUUAUGCUGCUUGGGAAGGACAUAUAGAAUGCAUAAGUAAAUUACAUUUGGCGGGUGGACGUGUAGAACCUGUUGAGCCAAGAUUCGAGCAAUUUGCAGUUAAUAAAGAAUAUCACUUUGAUGAUGAUCUUGAUAUGAACAAUAAUAUUGAUUCGAUACCUUCUUUAUUAUUACCACCACCAAUUCUACCACUUCAAAUUUAUGGACAUAAUUAUCUAGAUAAAAAAUAUCACAUACAAUUGACACUCGGUCACCAUUCAACGAAACCUCGAAGACCACCUGUACAUUUAUAUGGAAAUAGUCAAAUCUCAUCUUUAAAACUUAUUAUUGCUUCAAAGCCAGACAUGGGAAUUAUUCCACAUAGUAUUAUAUUACCUCUGGGUAAUGAUCAAGAGGUUUUUUCGUUUCAGGUAGAUUCCAUAGAAAAUUUUUCUUUAGAAUUUGAUAUAUUCCCUACUUUCGGAUCAAAAGUCAUUGGAAAAGGUGUUGCAUUACCACAUGUCUUUGACAUUUCAAAUAUUUGUGAAAGAAGAAAUAAUUUAGUUACUGGGGGAACGUAUAUUUGUCCUUUAUUUGAUACCCAUUUAAAAGUUGUUGGAGAAUUAUCUUUUGAGUUUGCAAUUGUGAAACCUUUUCAAGGUGUACAAUUAGAAAUCGGGGGUCAAGUGGAAACCUAUUGGAAAUCUACAAAUACUGUAAUUGUUCCCGGUUCACCUGAACAACCCCUAAAUAUAAGCGGAAAUAUACCAUUCUUUAUAACAGCUUCUUCCUUGUCGGGUGAAUAUAUUCAAAUUGUAGUGCAAGUGACACGAGAUAUGGUGGCCGUUGUAUAUCCGGAAUGGAUGUUACCUGUGAAUGUAUUUGAAUUAAAUGUAUCAGAUGUCACAUAUAGCCAAUUCAAGUCAUUAAAUCACGAUAAUUUUGAUUUCAAUAACAAUACUACAAGUUCAAAGGAAUUACAAAAAAUGGUUCAUAAAGCUUACCUAUCCUUGGAGGAAGUAUUAGAGAGAUUACAACCAACCCUUGGAGUGAAUUUGGAAAUCAAAUAUCCUACUGUUUACGAAAUGUCCCGUUACCGGUUUUCUAAUAUUCCCGAUAUAAACAGUUAUGUGGAUACUAUUUUACAAACAGUAUACAAAAACCCUACAACCAGAAACGGUUCAAAUCGAUCCGUGAUAUUUUCCUCAUUUAAUCCUGCGAUUUGCACCGCUUUGAAUUGGAAACAACCAAACUACGCGGUAUUUUUCAAUUCUUUUUGCGGAUUCGAAAAUGAAAACAAAAAUCAUGAGGAUAUCGAACAAGAUAAACGUUGUACCUCGAUUAAGGAGGCCGUUAAAUUCGCAAAAAUUAAUAACCUUCUAGGAGUCGUUUGCGACGCGACUUUACUAGUUCGCGUUCCAUCGUUAAUAACGAGUGUCAAACAGGCCGGACUGAUAUUGACUACGUUUGGAACCGCAAAUAAUGAUCCUCACAACAUACGGAUACAAGAAAGAUUCGGUGUUGACGCUAUAAUAAUUGACGAGGAUGAUUUUGAGCCUGGAUUUCGUGGCGGACUUGGUUCAUCUAAAAUGGAUACUGAGGAUGAAGAAGAGGACAUGGAUUCAGGUUCAGGAAUGGGUCAAAAAAGUUCAGCAUUUGAUGAUUUUCUAGAUCUACGAUUUGGUUCAACCAAAAGAAAACGAAAAACUCAAUUCAUUUCUAAACAAAAUAAACGUCCGCAUGAAGCUGAUCAAGAAUUUGGAAAAUUUGAGCAACAUACUAAAGGAAUUGGUCUUAAACUCAUGCAGAAAAUGGGAUAUAAAUUGGGGGAAGGUCUUGGGGCAGAAGGUACUGGUAUUGUAAAGCCUAUCGAGACGAAAGUGCGCCCUUCUAAGAUGGGCUUAGCAUAUCGUGGUUUUGAUGAACGGACUGAUAAAGCAAAAAACGAAAAAAAUGAUAUCGUUGAAAAAGUUAGUAUCAAACCUGUACAAAAAGAAAAGCCGAAUGCUUGGAGAAAGUCCAAAAAACCCAAGGCCCCUAAAGCUGAAUACAAAACGGCAGACGAGAUAAUGAAUGAGAGUGAAUCCACUGCGCCAGUACAGCCGAUGAAAAUUGUAGAUAUGACUGGUCCACAGGUUCGUGAAAUUUCUUCAGCAAGCCAAAUUAAAUCUCAUGCAAUACUGGAUUCUUCUUCACGUCUUCCAGAAUUGCGUCAUAAUCUUCGUUUGAUCGUAGAUAUGUCGAAAUCGGAUUUGGAACAUUUCACUAGAGAGCGUAGAAUUCAGAAUGAAAAGAAAAAAUCUCUUAAUCAAGAUGUUAUUAGACUUUCUACCUUGGUGGAAGACGAAGCAAAAAGAAUAAGUCAACUUGGUGAAGUUAUGUCUAUCCUCAAAGAAUGCAAUAGACUUCUCACAGUUACUCUGUCAACAGAUUCUCCCGAGUUAAAUGUGUUUUCUGAAUUAUUUGAAAAACUAAUUACAAAUUAUCCUGAUGAAUUUGUUGUAUAUGGAUUAGAUGCUGCUGUGGUAUCAAUAAUAUCUCCUGUGCUUAAAAAAUAUUUGAUUUAUUGGGAACCGUUGGAGAAUCCUCAACUCGGAUUGCAAGAACUUCAACAAUGGUCCCGAUUAUUCAAAACUUCAUCAUCUGAUACAAAUGUUAAAACUAAUUACAAUGGGUUAUCACGUUCAAAAGAGAAAGUAAUGACUCCAUACGAGAACAUGAUGUUUAAUAUUUGGCUUCCAAAAGUUAGAUCUGCAAUAAAUAAUGACUGGAAUGUGCGAGAUUUUGAUCCGGCAAUUCGCUUGCUCGAAAAUUGGCGUUCACCACUGCUUCCCGAAUUCAUUUAUGAAAACAUGAUAGACCAACUUAUAAUGCCAAAAUUGACAAGAGAAAUAGAUUCAUGGAAUCCUAGAAAUGACACUGAAAUGGUACAUCAAUGGUUACAUCCUUGGUUACCCUUAUUGAGAGAAAGGUUAGAUCCUUUAUAUGCGAAUAUACGCCAGAAGUUUCGCCUUAUUCUUCAAAAUUGGGAUCCUACAGAUUCUCGAGCAUUAGACAUAUUACGUCCAUGGAAAAAUGUUUUUCAACCGACGGAUAUGCAAUCGUUCCUUGUUAAACAUAUUUUACCCAAGUUAAAUGAAUCAAUGCGUGCAAAAUUCCAAAUAAAUCCCAGAAAACAAGAAUUAGAACUUUUUAAUUGCAUUAUGAAUUGGCGAAAUUUGUUUGUUUCUGAUGUAUUUUGUAAAUUAUUUGAGACAGAAUUUUUCCCAAAAUGGUUGGAUGUAUUAUAUAUAUGGUUAACACACAACCCUAAUUAUAUUGAAAUAAGACAAUGGUAUUUAUUCUGGAAAGAAUUGUUCCCCCAGGAAAUGCUUACCGAUUCUCUUAUCGAAGCACAAUUCAUGAGAGGGUUAUCUUUGAUAGAUAAAAGCAUAUCAUUGGGACGAGAGGCAUCUAGCAGAUUGCCUCAUCCAUCAAGCGAACAAAUCGAGCAAAUGGACUUUAAUUUUGAAUCAUUUCAAAUUCCUUCUGUCAAUCCUAACACAAUGGAUACAGAAAUUAGCUUUUUGGAGUUGGUAGAAGAAUUUGCUCAAGAAAGGAACAUAUUGUUUUUACCUCUCAACAAAACUCAUAAAACUUCUGGUAAAUCAUUAUAUCGUAUGGGAGGUACUUCCGAAGGUAUUGGUGGAAUUACAAUGUAUUUCCAAGAUGAUGUUAUGUUUGUAAAAAAAGGGCAAGAUUGGCAACCAGUUGGAUUUGAAGAAAUUUUGGAAAUGGUAUAA